UUUGUUGUUUUGUGAGUGAUAAAGUCUGAGUCUUUGCAAGUGUAAGUCAUCAGUCAACUGCGCAUCCCAUACGCCAUACUUUUACUUACAAUUUCUCCCACUAACACAACACAAAUUAACCUCACAUUUUUCAAAAUAAUACUCUCUCCAUAUCUAUCAGUUUCUUGAUUCUUGAUUCAUUCUCUGCUCUUCCUUCUUCUUGUCUCCUUAAAAAACCCAACAAAAUAUAAUCUUUGUUUAUGUAUCAUAAUACCACAUAGAAAACAGGAAAAAAAAGCUUAAAAAACAAGAACAUGACAAGGUUUUUGUUCUGCAGUUCUUGUUUCUUGUUCUUGUUCUUGAUAUUGUUGCCCUUGGGAAACUGUUUGUCUGCAAAUCAGACAAAUACUAUGAUCACUCUCUCUAUGAUUCUUAAAAAUAUUACAGCUUCUUCCUCACCUUGGGAUGCUACUUCACAGCCUAACCCAUGUUUAUGGAAAGGGGUUACGUGCAGUUCUGAUAAUACUUCAAUUACUGCACUUGCUUUAUCUGGGUUUGGGAUUUCUGGUUCUGGGUUUUUGGUAAAUGUUUGCAAGAUUCAAUCUUUGCAAAUUCUGGACCUUUCCAACAACCAUUUUAGCUCAAUCCCAGGUGAGUUCGUCAGUAGCUGUGGUGGGAUUAAUGGGUUCAAGAGGCUGAAUUUUAGUAAAAAUGUUUUGACUGGUGUUUUGCCUACUUUUGUUGGGUUUCUAGGGUUACAAUCUUUGGAUUUGUCUUUUAAUUCUAUGAAUGGUAGUGUUAAUUUGCAAUUAGAGAGUUUAGAUGCACUUCAAAGUUUGAGUCUUCGUUCUAAUAAGUUUACUGGUUCUGUUCCUGUAAAACUUGGAAAAUCCAUGGCGUUGGAGGAACUUGUGCUUUAUGGGAAUUUUUUCCAAGGUGAAAUCCCUCAGGAAUUGUUGAAUUAUCAGAAUUUAAGUGUGAUUGAUCUUAGUGUAAAUAAGCUUAUUGGAUCAAUUCCUGAUUCUAUUGGAAAUCUUUCCAAGUUGAGGAUUUUGAUUUUGUCUGAAAAUGAAUUGAGUGGAAUAAUCCCUCACACACUUUCAAAUAUCACAACCCUUUUCAGAUUUGCUGCAAAUCAAAAUGGAUUUAGUGGUUUAAUUCCUAGUGGAAUUACAAGAUAUCUUAGGAUUUUAGAUCUUAGUUAUAAUCAGUUAAGUGGGUUUAUUCCAUCAGACCUUUUGUCUCAGUCUAAUUUGCAAUCUGUGGAUUUAACUAAUAAUAUGCUGGAUGGUCUUAUACCUGCAAGUAUAUCUCCAAGCUUGGUGAGAUUGAGAUUGGGAAGCAACUCACUUAGUGGGCCGAUCCCGUCUUCAUUCAAUUCAUUCCAGCACUUGAUUUACUUGGAAUUGGAUAACAAUAAGUUAAGUGAUGUGAUCCCUGUUGAAUUGGGAUCUUGCCAGAAUUUAACUCUGUUGAAUUUGGCUCAGAAUAAUCUUACAGGUCCCUUCCCAUGGCAAUUGGGUCAUAUUAGUACUCUUCAAGUUUUAAAACUUCAGCUCAACAAGCUGGUCGGAGAAAUCCCUCUUUCCAUUUCUCAAUUGAACAGGCUGUCAACUUUGAAUAUCAGUGGGAAUUCGCUUACGGGUAUUUUACCUUCUUCAAUUUCGAACUUGCAGAAUCUUGCUCACUUGAACUUGCAAGGAAACAAGCUUAAUGGCUCAAUACCUGACACCAUCAGCACCAUGGAUUCUUUGAUAGAACUUCAACUCGGCGAAAACCAACUAAGCGGUUUGAUUCCUAUUAUGCCACCAAAGCUGCAGAUUUCUUUGAAUCUCAGCAGCAACCUCUUUCGAGGGCCUAUUCCGAACACUCUUUCCCAUCUCAGGGAUUUGGAAAUUUUGGAUCUUUCGAAUAACAGCUUCUCUGGUGAGAUUCCGACAUUUCUUACCGGAUUGGGAUCCUUAACGCAGUUGGUACUCUCGAAUAACCAGCUCUCUGGAACUAUCCCAAACUUCCAGAAAUGGGUUUCGGUGAGUUACGGUGGAAAUGCAGGUCUUGUUAACGCUACCAAAACAAACAAUUCUCCUGGACAUGCGCAGAAGAAGAAUUCGGUUGCGGUGCCUGUGAUUGUUUCAGUUGUAUCCGCUGUUCUUGCUGUUGGUGUGGUCGCGGCUGUUGCCUUUUUAUUCUCCAGAAGAUUUCUUAAGGUUAAUGAUCAGCCUUCGCAAUUCGGGGAAGAUUUUGCAUCUCCACAGGUCAUCCAUGGCAAUCUGUUGACAGCAAAUGCAAUCCACAGGUCGAAUAUCGACUUCACGAAAGCCCUGGAAGCGGUUGCCAAUCCAUUGAACAUAGUUCUGAAGACCAGAUUUUCAACAUACUAUAAAGCCAAAAUGCCUUCUGGCGCAAGCUACUUUGUCAAGAAGCUUAACUGGAGCGACAAGAUAUUCCAAUUGGGAAACCACGAUAAAUUUGAUCAAGAGCUCAAAGUUUUAGGGAAGCUGAGCAAUUCAAAUGUCAUGACGCCAUUGGCCUACGUCAUGACUGUCGAUAGCGCGUAUCUGUUCUACGAUCAUGCUCAGAAGGGUACCCUUUUUGAUGUUUUGCACGGUAAACUCGGACAUGCAUUUGACUGGGCAAGUCGUUACAGUAUAGCAGUCGGAGUGGCUCAGGCUCUUACUUUUCUGCACGGAUACACCUCAGGACCGAUUCUCCUUCUUGAUCUUUCGAGCAGAAACAUUUUGCUCAAGUCUCUGAAGGAGCCUUUGGUUGGAGACAUCGAACUCUAUAAGGUGAUUGAUCCCACAAAGAGCACCAGUAGCCUUUCGACUGUUGCUGGUUCAGUCGGCUAUAUUCCGCCAGAGUAUGCUUACACGAUGCGAGUGACAAUGGCGGGGAACGUAUAUAGCUUCGGGGUUGUUCUGCUUGAACUGUUAACCGGAAAGCCAGCAGUUAGUCAGGGAACCGAAUUAGCCAAGUGGGUGUUAAGCAAGUCAUCGCAGCCAGAUAGAUGGGAUCAGAUCCUUGAUUUCAACAUCAGCAAAACUUCGCUGGCCGUCCGAGGCCAAAUGCUUGCACUUGUUAAGGUUGCGCUUAGCUGCGUCAGUGUUUCGCCGGAAGCUAGGCCAAAGAUGAAGAGUGUGUUGAGGAUGAUCCUGAAUGCAAGAUGAAUCUGUGAAGGAUUAUACAGUACAUGUAAUAUGUCAAUUUUGGUUAUGUGCAAAAUCAUUGUAGAUAGUACAAGAGGCUCGAAUAUCAAACACAAUACUGCAGCUGUUGGAACUCAACCUGUACUGCACAUCUUCUGUAAUAUCGUUUGUUAGUAAUAUAUGUAUACAUAGCGUGAUAGCAAUAGCAAAUUUGGGUCAGAUUCUUAGUUCUUA